UUGCUGUAUAGAUGGGACAGUUCGCCGCUCGCAGACGGUGCUUUUCUUAGCUCUUGCUGUAUUGUUGUAUAGCAAACUGAUCAGGGGGGAAAAGAGCACGAACAAUAAUAAUAAUAGCCGUGGACGGAUAAAAUAAUAAAGGAAGGCGGGCUGUUUUGCAUUUGAAAUCUGUGCUCUAUUGAAAGCAGUGCUGUCCACUCGUGCAUGUUUAAAUCGGAGGAGUAUAUUAGAGCCGAGUGUCGGCCGGACUCUGAGUUUCAACGCCAGCAGUAACACGAGAGAGGAGGCAUGAUUUUGAGACCAAGUUCAGUCCUUGCUGCCUUUUGCUUACAUGCUUUUUUAUUAUGCUUGCGAACCAAGGUGUCCCUUGCAUCGGGUCACUUCGAGCUGCAGAUGGUGUCCAUGCAGAACGUGAACGGGGAGCUGCAGAGUGGCCUGUGCUGCGGCGGCGGCCGGAGCGCCACGGACCGGCGAUGCACCCGGGAUGACUGCCAUACUUACUUCAAAGUGUGCCUGAAGGAAUACCAGUCGAGGGUUUCUGCAGCGGGACCCUGCAGCUUCGGCACUGGAUCUACGCCUGUCAUCGGGGGGAAUACGUUUUCUUUGAAGACCAUCAAGAGCGAAAAAUCCCGGAUUGUAUUGCCUUUCAGUUUUGCUUGGCCGAGGUCCUACACUUUGAUUGUGGAGGCCCUGGACUUCAACAACAACACCAACGCAGGCAGUGUGACGGGGGAGCUUAUCGAAAAGGCGGUCCACUCGGGUAUGAUCAACCCGACGCGCCAGUGGCAGACACACAGGCACAAUGGCGCCGUGGCCCAGUUCGAGUACCAGAUCCGGGUCACCUGCGACGAGCACUACUACGGAUUCGGCUGCAACAAGUUCUGCCGGCCGCGGGACGAGUUCUUUGGACACUACACCUGCGACCACAACGGCAACAAGACCUGCCUAGAGGGCUGGUCCGGACCCGAGUGCAACAUAGCGAUCUGCCGGCAGGGCUGCAGCGCUGAACAUGGAUCCUGCAAAAUUCCUGGAGAGUGCAAGUGCCUAUAUGGCUGGCAGGGGGAGUACUGCGACAAGUGCAUCCCGCACCCAGGCUGCGUGCACGGCACCUGCGUGGAGCCCUGGAAGUGCCUCUGCAACACCAACUGGGGAGGCCAGCUGUGUGACAAAGAUCUGAACUACUGCGGCACCUACCAGCCCUGUCUGAACGGCGGGACUUGCAGCAACACAGGACCCGACAAAUACCAAUGUUCCUGUCCAGAGGGCUACUCCGGAAUCAACUGUGAGAGGGCAGAGCACGCCUGCAUGUCUGAUCCUUGCUCCAAUGGAGGAACAUGCAAGGAGACAAGCCAGGGGUUCGAGUGCCUUUGUGCGCCAGGGUGGAGCGGACCCUCCUGCCUAAUCAACAUCGACGACUGCAGCCCGAAUCCCUGUGAUCAAGCAGGCACCUGCCAUGACCUGAUCAACGGGUUCAAGUGCAGCUGCCCCCCUCAGUGGACGGGCAAGACCUGCCGGAUUGAUGCCAACGAAUGCGACGGCAGGCCCUGCGUGAACGCCGACUCCUGCCGCAACCUCAUCGGAGGAUACUUUUGCGAAUGUAACCUGGGCUGGACAGGACAGAACUGCGAUAUCAACAUUAAUGACUGUGAGGCACAGUGUCUGAAUGGGGCAACUUGCAAGGAUCUGGUUAACGGUUACCAGUGUGUCUGUCUGCCUGGGUACGAAGGGGAACACUGUGAGAAAGACAUCGACGAGUGUGCCAGCGCCCCCUGCCUGAACGGAGGCCGUUGCCAGGACGAGGUCAAUGGCUUCCAGUGCCUCUGCCUAGCCGGUUUCUCCGGCAACCUCUGUCAGCUGGACAUCGAUUACUGCGCUCCAAACCCCUGUCAAAACAGCGCGCAGUGCUUCAACCUGGCCACCGACUACUUCUGCAAAUGCCCAGAAGAUUACGAGGGCAAGAACUGCUCCCACCUGAAGGACCACUGUCGGACGACACCCUGCCAGGUGAUCGACAGCUGCACAGUGGCCGUGGCCUCCAACAGCACCCCGGAGGGUGUGCGCUACAUCUCCUCCAACGUGUGCGGCCCCCACGGACGCUGCCGCAGCCAGCCUGGGGGCCAGUUCAGCUGCGAGUGCUUGGAGGGCUUCACCGGCACCUACUGCCACGAAAACAUCAACGACUGCGAGAGCAGCCCCUGCCAAAACGGCGGGACGUGUAUCGACAAAGUAAAUGUGUACCAGUGCAUCUGUGGGGACGGAUGGGAGGGAGUUCACUGCGAGAUCAACAUUGACGACUGCAACAUUAACCCCUGUCGUAAUGGAGGUACCUGUCGAGACCUGGUGAACGAUUUCUACUGCGAAUGCAAAAAUGGCUGGAAGGGGAAGACCUGCCACUCCCGGGAGAGUCAAUGCGAUGAGGCCACAUGCAACAACGGGGGCACGUGCUACGACGAGGGCGACACCUUCAAGUGCAUGUGCUCCCCCGGCUGGGAGGGGGCGACAUGUAACAUCGCGAGGAACAGCAGCUGUCUGCCCAACCCUUGUGAAAAUGGCGGAACCUGUGUGGUCAGCGGAGACUCCUUCACCUGUGUCUGCAAAGAGGGCUGGGAGGGGACCGUCUGCACCCAGAAUACCAAUGACUGUAGUCCACACCCCUGCUACAAUAGUGGGACCUGUGUCGAUGGGGACAACUGGUACCGAUGUGAAUGUGCUGCUGGCUUCGCUGGGCCCGACUGUCGGAUUAACAUCAAUGAGUGCCAAUCAUCCCCCUGUGCCUUUGGCUCCACCUGUGUGGACGAGAUCAACGGCUACCGCUGCCUCUGUCCAUCCGGAAGGGCCGGUCCCCGAUGUCAAGAAGUGACGGGCAGGCCCUGCAUAACCAAUGGCCGGAUCACCGCCAACGGAACCAGAUGGGAUGUGGACUGCAACACCUGCCAGUGCCACAACGGGAAGGUCACUUGUACCAAGAUCUGGUGUGGCCCCAAGCCUUGCCACAUCCAUGGCAAAGGUCGUUGGGAGUGUCCAGCGGGGCAGAGCUGCACGCCAAUCAGUGAGGAGCACUGCUUUGUGAAGCCCUGUCCCGGCCAGGGCGAGUGCUGGCCCAGUCCUCCUCCACACCGACCCAAAUGUCACCCCAGCUCCGCCUUCUUGGAGAACAGCUGUGCGAACAUCACUUUCACCUUUAACAAGGAGACCCUUCCGCAAGGUCUGACCAUCGGGCAAAUUUGCAGUGAGCUGAGGAACUUGUAUGUCUUGAAGAACCUUUCGUCGGAAUACUCCGUGUCUAUGACAUGCGAGCCCUCGCCUUCAGCCAGCAAUGAGAUCCACGUGACGAUAUCAACCGAUGAUCAGAGGCAAGACAAGACGCCCAUCAAGGAAAUCACGGACAAGAUAGUGGACCUCAUUAGCAAGCGAGACGCCAACAACACCAUCGUCAUGGCUAUAGCAGAAGUACGAGUUCAGAGGAAGCAAACUGUAGACCCCACUGCCAACUACCUGGUACCCCUGCUGAGCUCCGUGUUCAUCGUAACGUGGGCGCUGGCGUUGGGCGCCGCGUUUCUCUGGUGCGUGCGGCGGAGGAGGAAGCAGAGCGCCCACAGCGGGGCGGCGGCACCCACGCCGGAGGACAACCCGGCCAACAACGUGCGCGAGCAGCUCAACCAGAUCAAGAACCCCAUUGAGAAGCACGCCGGCGGGCCUCCAAAGGACUACGGGGGCAAGAACGCCAUCGUUGCCAAAACGAGGACCAAUAUCGCCGAGCCGGAGGACGAGGAUGGCGAGAAACACGUGCAGAAGGCCAUGUUUGCCAAGCAGCCGGCCUACACCCUGGUGGACAGGGAGGAGAAGGCACUGCAGAGCACGCCCACGCGGCACCAGAACUGGACAAACAAACAGGACAACAGGGACUUGGAGAGCGUGCAGAGCCUGAACCGAAUGGAGUACAUUGUAUAGCAGGAGGCCCCCUGGGUGAAGGGGCUCACGGUGUUGUUCUUAAACUGUUGUCAUCCUUUGACUAAAGGUUUAUUAUUUACAUAGAAUUACUGUGUUAAUUUAAGUUUUGACAGGCUGGCUCACACUGGCAAAGAUUGUUGCUGUGGUUGGCAGGAGCACCAGGCACUAAGCUAGUCUCAAGUGCCCUUCUAGAAACCCGGGGCGCCGAUGCACGUCAAAGGUACGUCGGCAGCCAUUCUGACUUCGUUCGGAUUCUACUUCCUGUGUGGCGCAUGUCCGCGAUGCUGCGCUGUCCCAUUUGGGCAAGGAAGCGGUCAUGUGACACGGAGUGCCCCCCCAACGUGCAUGUUUGGUCCUAUAUUUGCAGAUCCAUGCCACAGCAGCCAUCUAAAAGUUUAUUAUUUAUAAUUUUCUUUGGGGGGAGGGGUCACGUUAAUGUCAGCAGUUGCUGUCAACAUGAAGAAUUAAGUGUUGAUUUAGAACAUUGUACAGUUAUGUAAAUAUUUUUUUUAAUUAAUCAUUGUGUAUAUUUGAUUUAUUAACUUAAUAAUCAAGAGCCUUAAGUAUCAUUCCUUUUUUAUUUAUAUGUAAUGUUUAGAUUUAAAGGUUCUGAUGGCUUUGUAAGCAUACGGCUUUUUUAUUUUUUUGAUGGAGAAAAAAUGUUUCAUUUUUCAUAAAUGCCAAAAUUUGAA